AUGACCAUAACAAAUAAUGUGAAGACACUGAAAAAACAACGUGAUCAGUUGCUUGUUUUUAGUUGGAUUUCUGGGCUAGGCAAGGAAUAUGAUACUCUUAGAUCUCAAUUGCUAGGGAAUAAGGAGAUGAAGACACUAGAUCAAGUAUUUUCUAUGGUCCAGAAUGCCUCAACACACAGGGAAAUAGUGGUGAAGACAAAGUUCUUGUGUCCAGUGGCAAUGAGAAUUAUGGACGAGGUGGUGGUGUCCAUUCUCGAGGACGUGGUGGUUUUGGGUGAGGAUGAGGAUGUGGUCGAGGGCCAAGGGUUUGUUUCAACUGUGGAGAACUCAGUCAUUUAUGCAACCAGUGUACGAAGCCCUUUAGACCACAAAGUAAUCCUACUGUAUGUGUCUCCUCUACUUCUUCCUCCUACUAGUGGGUCAUUGGCUUUGGAGCUCGUGAUCACAUGUCAGAAUCCAUAUGUGUUGGAACAAGUUGAAUUCUCGUCUCCUGAGGUUGAACGGGGCCAAAAUCUGUGUAGAUGGAAGAAAGCUAUGGAGGAAGAAAUGGCAGCCCUAAAGGAAAACCAGACGUGGGACCUUAUUCAUCUUCUGAAUGGUAAGACUUCCAUUGGGUGUGCGUGGGUUUAUAUGGUCAAAACAAACCCUGAUGGUUCUAUAUCUUGGCUGAAAGCACGCUUUGUAGCUAAGGGCUAUGCACAGACGUAUGGUGUUGACUAUACAAAAACAUUUUCUCCAAUGGCUAAGUCAAUAUGCUAUAUGGAGCAACCUCAUGGGUUUAUUGCUCAGGGGGAGUCUGGUAAGGUAUGUGAAUCGAAGAAGUCCUUGUAUGACCUAAAGCAGUCUCCACGGGCAUGGUUUGGAAGGUUUAGUAGUGCAGUUGUUGAGUUUGGCAUGCAUAGGAGUGGCUGUGAUCAUAAUGUGUUUUCUAAACAAACUGACAAAAUGUUGAGGCGAAAGAGAUUUAUAUGCGGAUCAUGGACACAUGGACAUUUAGGCGUUCUCGGAUGCAGAUUGGGUUGGGUCACCAAGUGA